CAUGAUCACCCAGUCACAGCAUUCAAAGCAGUCGCUAGUUAUAUAUUUUAGUAUAAUUCAUCCAAUUCGCUGUGCUAGUAUUCGUGCUCUGUUUGUUUGCCGGCAACCGCUUAUAACCGUUAUUAGACUUAACGUUAUUGCCCAUUAAAGACCGACCUGUAGGAGAGUACUUACCAUACACUAUAUUCUACACUGCAGCGGCCGCAACUGAUGUCAAAUAACAAUUACUUAGCCCCGCUCAUGCGUAUCGAUCUGUAUCUACCUGUCGGAAGUACGAGUACCUAUAGAUCUCACUGACGACCAUCAUCGUUGUACUAAAACCGGCUCGUACUGUACCUGCUACUCUAGGUGCACAAUAUAACGUAAUCCACACCACGGCUUCCUCGCUGACCACGGCGUAAAAGAAGAUAAACUCCCCUGGCAGCGCAUUAUUCUUCUCUGGAUCGAAUCGGACAUUAAUCGUGCUUAAUGUGGAUAUGUACGAUUAAGCGCACCUCCGUCGUUUAUACGUCAUACCGUUUGAUUAUACGAUUAUAACGGCCUCCUGCCGAUCGGAUACUGAUUUCACUCCUAUCUGACCGGAAGUUCACGUGCACCUCUUCAUCGUCUGAUCAUUGUGGCAUACAAUAAGUUGGUGUAAUCGGCUGCGAUUGGGAUUCCUGUUGCCUGCUGUUGUUGGGAACUUCUACUGAUAACCACGGAUAGCGGUUACUGAUAACGUUGCCUUCCCUUGGGAAAAUUCCUCCAGUUGGGAUUAUAGUCUACUGCAUUUCGGCACCCAGCGAUUUUCAUCGUUAUAGCUCACACUUUUAUCGUAUUUUUAUCGUUCGUGGCGGAGAAGGAAAAAUGCAGGGAAUUGUUGAGUCGAGUGUGCUGCUUAGCGCCGUCAUCUGGCUGUCACUGGCGUGGACGGCACUAGGUCAGUACAACCAAUACGGAUACGGGAACCAGUACGGGUACGGCGGCGGCUUCUACGGGCAGCCGGGCAGCUACGGCCAGGGCGGCUACGGCGCCGGCGCGGGCGGCGGCUACAGCCCCAUGGGCGGCAGUUACGGCGCGGGCGGCGGGGCGGGCGGGUACGGGCAGCAGCCGUACGGCUCGCAGUACGGCAUGUACGGACAGGCCUCCGCCGGCAACAUGUACGGCCCGCAGUCCAGCUACGGCUACGGCUACGGGCGUGGCUACUGGGGCGCCGCCAGCGGCACGCACCAGCACGGAUAUCUGGCCACGGUUUUGGCACUGCUCACACUGGCCCUCCCCUGCCUAGGCCUCGUCAGAUAGAUUUGAUUGGGCUGAGCCCGUCGUGUGGAGUAACCUUUCUUCUGCCAUCCCUCCCACUGUCUACCACUUCCGUUCCGUAACGCGUGCUGCUGUACAUCUAGCCUGUCUGUCUGGAUGAGCCUGGUUUUAUUCGCGCCUAAUGGUGAAAUGUCCACUACCGGUGCAGAUUAAUUAGACUGGAUUAAUUAGUUUAUUAAUUUGGCGAAUCUACGUUUCUGUUGGCAUUUGUAUUCUUGUUGACACUGUUUACUAGAUGAUACAUAUCUCUUGUUACGCGCUGCAUCCCGUGUACAGUACAUUAUCCGCGACUCUGUUUGCUUGCUUCUUACUGUUAGCUUCAGCCAAUUAAUUUGUCGGGUUUGCGUGUUUGUUGGACAGCUGCAUAACUGCAAUAAAAGGUCAAGAGCCAC